CGGGUUCGCACAGCAUCAGCAUCUUUUCCCCCAAUCGCCGCCAUUUUGUUGAAGCCAUCAGCAGCAAUCUCCUCUCCCGGCGCUCACCUCCUCAAAUAUUUUCAUCAUUUAAGUUCAUUUUCGGUGCUUUUCCUUUGAUCAUCCACUUAUUAUCACCAAAAUGCCGCCCAAGAGGAAGAGACGUGCACCCCCCAAGAAGAAUGCAAAGAAAACCGAAGUUGCCGAGGAAGAAACUGAGGAAACCGACCAGAGCCUAAAUGAAACCAUGGAAUCUGAAGAAAACCCAAGCACAGAAGAUGGUGCAAGUCAAAAUGGCGAGGUGCAAGAAGGAAAGGUAGAGAACGAGGUGCAAAUUAAAACGGAAGUGAAAGAAGAACCUGGAUCGGAUGAUGAAGAAAACGAAGCAAAUGGUGAAGAACCCCCAUCCAAAAAGGUUAAAAACGAAAGCGGCGAAAAAUUGACCUUGUUCCUUGCCAAUCUCCCACCUGACACAAAACCAGAAGCAAUUAAGACAGCGCUGGAAGAGGCCGUUGGUGAGGGCAAAGUUGUAACACUCCGUCAAAGCACGAGGCGGCGACCCACAUUCUACUCAUCAUCCACAAUCUACUUCGCAGACGUUGCUGACAGAGAAACCCUGGAGAAACUGAUAGCUCUGGAUCAAAAACUACAAAUAGGUGGCCAAGAAGUUAUCAUAGAGGAAGACAAAAAGAGAGAUGAUAGCUUAAAGAUAGUUAUCAGCAACAUUCCAGAAGAGAGCAACAACAAAGAAACCCUUCUGAAGGUGUUGGCUGCUGAAUUGGGUGGACCCGAGAAAGUUGAAGUAGUACGUGUGAUCAUCGACAAAAAGACAAGUCAGCCCAGCGAUACGGCCCAUAUCUACUUGACUGAAGUUGAAUCUGUGAAGCACUUGGUUGAACUAGAGCCGAAGUUGAACAUCAAUGGACAAGAACUACUUAUCGAAGAAAGCGAAGCCAACAAAAGCAAGCGAGAGAAGCUAAAACUCUUCAUCGGACGUAUCCCAAUUGACUCAUGCAAUGAAGAUGCCGUCCGCGCUGCUCUGGAGAAGGAAGUUGGAGAAGGGAAAGUGUCAGCUGUAAGGUGUCCGAAAGACUGGAUGACAGGACGUCCUCGAGGCAUUGCUUUCGCCAAUUGUAUUGACGAAGAAACAGUGAAGAAAUUGACAGACCCAGAGACCAAGAUCAAGAUCAAUGACCAGGAAAUCAACAUCAUGGAAAAUGAAAUGAAUGCGAAGAAAGAUGAGCUUUUCAAAGUAUUCAUCAGCAAUUUACCGCAAUCUACAACGGAAGAAAAGUUCAAAACCAAAAUUCAGGAAGUAAUGACUGAAGAUGAAAUCGAAAGCAUUACAUUCCCUCUGGACAAGGAUGAAAGCAAAUCCCGAGGCUUCGCUUUCAUCAUCCUCAAGAAUAAUGAAUCAAUGAAGAAACUGUUGGCGCUGGACCAGAAACUGGAGCUGGACAACUGCGAGCUGAACAUCCGAGUCUGCCACGAAGCCAACUCGGACGGACGAGGGCGAGGCAGCAAGCGCGGGUUCAAGAGCCGCGGAGGCGGCGGAUUCUACGGAGGCGGGCGAGGUCGCGGCGGCGGCGGUUUCUACGGAGGCCGCGGCGGCGGAGGUGGCUUCAGGCGCGGCUACUCGGACUGGUACGGCGGCCCCGGCGGACCGCGCAACUUCCGAGGCGGCAGCCGCGGCGGAUGGAAGCGAGGCGGAGGCGGCUACGGAGGUGGCGGUGGCGGCGGCUAUGGAGGCGGCGGAGGUGGCGGACGCUACGGCAACAUGACCUGGUUCUAGAUUCCGCUUGAUCUUCACGCCAGGGCUACCGCGGAGGGGCUCGAGCAGGGCUUAGGAAAAAUUGCUGAGAUGGUUUGCGAACAUACGUUCGUAUUGAGAGUCAGGAUUCACGCUGAAUUAGUUUGUGCACUCCCAGAGUGAGGCCAAGAAGAUGGUUUAACUUGUUCUGCUGUCGUCAGAAAAAACGUCGUAGCUCCAAUCGUGAGCUUGUAUUUUUCUUCCUGUUCUAUUUUGACGAAAUCUCACCACCACGAUGCUUCAUUUUGUAUAUUUGGAUUCUCAAUGGUGUGUCACAGUUAUUUUAGAAUUAGGAUGGAUAAAUGCUUGAUGAUUUUUUUUUGUGAUUAAGCAAUUUAUCAGGGGAAAAAAUUGAAAAAUAGUGUAUUUCCUUCGGAAAAUACACUAAUAAUCUAGAAUGUUGUAAAUGCGUUUUUUCUUGUGGACAGCAGGGUUACACUCUGGAAGUGCAUAAAUUUAUUUAGUGUGUACUCCAAAUUGAGGGUUUAGGUUUUGCCUUUAGAAUCAGUGUGAAGGCUAAACCAAAUAUAUGCACUCGCCCAUUCGCUAAAAAAUCAUAAUUUUUUUUGUUUCAUCAGACAAGUGUAAUUGAUAGUAUAAGUAAAGUAAUUUUUCACGGCUAAUUUAGCUGAUAUCAUCUUUAUAUCAAGUCGAGGAAAAUUUUGGUGAACUAAUUUGUGUAAUUUCAUCGAAUUCACUUUGAUUUAUAUCGUUAUUUAAUUUCUGUCAUCAUUCCUUUGCCUUUACAUUAUUCUCAAUUUAAGAGCUUAAUCUCGGACAAAGUUUUCUCAUCCAUUGUAUCAAACUUAGAGAAAGGAAGUGUUUACUCCAGUUUCAUGUAUCAUUGAAACUUGAGAUCCCUCCAAAAAUCAGAUUGUAGAUAAGAAAAUGAGAUGCGUCAAUAUUGAUGCCAGAGAGUACAAUUUUUUCUAAGUCCUGAGGCUUUAUAAUGUACAUAAUACACUGCCCAUGUGCAGUAUUGUGCUCAUUUGAUGGGUAACAUUCUUAUCAGAGUCCGAAGUAACUGAUGUCCCCAUGAGACUUAAAUCUACAAGAAUAUUCUUAUUUUAACCAUCUUUGUCACUUUUCCGUCUGUGGAAUCAAUCUAGAUUGUAACUGGCGUAUCUUAGAAUUCAUAAGCAUGCCUUUUUCCCUCCAAUCUCUAAUCAGAAUGUUUCUCAUCAAAGUUUUGGCAGCUGUUAAACCUUGCCCUCCCGCUUUGAGUCGGUAGCCCGCGCUCGUUCCAAAUUUUACCUCAGUGAAACUUUUUUCUAUCAAAGAAUUGUGCAUUUUAUACCUUCCAUGGUUUUUUAUGUGUAACUAUAAUUAUAGUUAAUCCGGUUGCCUCAGCAUCCUUCCUGAUAACUGUCUCUCCUCUUCAACUUCUGUUCGAUACGAUAAAUUGGACUUCAUCCACCUUUUCUCUGUUUUAAAGACCUUCAAUAGCGAAUUUCGCUGGUCGAACAAGUCCUGGUCAUUAUGAAAGGUUUCUAUUAAAAAAAUUUGAUCCAAACCUCACCGAUUUAAGAUUUUAUUUUAUGACUCCGCAUGGAAAUAUUGUACAAAUGCCAACCCCCAAGUUAUUCAGGAAAACCCAAACUUUUCCAAUAAGUGUGUAAGUUAAGAUUUAUGAUAGUUGAAAUCCUUUUUCGAACUAAAUGUGGUUCUUGUAAAUGAGAAAUUGAUCUUUUUCAGUAUUUACGGCUUUAUUUUAUUAUUUUAUCAUCAUCUUUUUUCUUAAGUCAGUUUUUGAUCUUAAUUGGAACUUAGUACAAUUUCCAACCUGUCAGCUUGACUGUAAUCAGAAAUGAAUAAAUAAAUGUGGUUGUACAAACUUUAA